AUGAAGAUCCCAAUAUUGAAAAAUUCGAAAUGUGGGUGUGUGGGUGUACCCACCUGGGUGCACGGAUUUUUGAGGUUUUUCUUUUUCUUUCUCUCUUUCUUUCUUUCUUUUUUCCCGGUCUCGGGUGUUUUUCCGGAAUUGCGCGUUGCUCGUGCCUACAGGAACAGGUUUUUCCGGUGUGCCGCCGUGCGCGCUCUCAGAAACCGGCGGGGCGGGUCGCCGGCGCACACCGGAAAAACUAUAACAAACGGGCGUCGCGCUGCGCUCGAGCGUGGCUUUCCCACCCAAUCUCCCCACCGCCUUUUUCAGCAAGAGAUUAGACAGACACCCACAACAAUUCUGAGGCGUAAAACUUCUGUGCAUCCCACGCAACGACACGAGCCUCCCGCUCGUGUCUCUAGCCUUGUCCCGCUCCCUCCCCUCCUCCUAGCGUGUCGCGCAUGUCUCCGUGGACCGGGGUCUCUUUUUGGUUUCUCCAGCGGAGCGAACACAAGAGAUUCAGAGAUAGCCGGAAAUGUGCCCACUCCACUCCACUACCCACGCUCUGGGCAAAAAGCCUUUCUGGCAAGGCAACGGGACCACCACUGCAGCAGUGAAAGGAAAAAAAGUGCGGGAUCAGUGUGA